AUGUUAAUGACUUAUUGGAAUUCGGGUCCUACAGAUCUGAUUUGCUCCUUCCUACCCCAGGCGGUGCUGGCACUGAGGGUGGGGACGGAUGGGUCGUCACUGCAGGAGGCGGAGGAGGUGCUGCAGCAGAUAUUUGAGUAUAGUGUCAACACAAGUCAUCGUCACUUCUACAACCAACUGUAUGGUGGCAUUGAUGAGGUCACUCUGGCGGCCUCCUGGCUGAUAGAGGCUCUCAACACUAACGUACACACGUACGAGGCAGCACCAGUGUUCACACUGGUUGAGAGCUUCGUUAUCGGCCGCCUGGUGGAGCUCUUUGGCUGGCUGGACGGUGAAGGUAUCUUCUGUCCUGGAGUCACCAAAAAAGUGUUUCAGGGGCACCAUAACGUGUGGGAGUACCAUAAAAGUGUUGCAGGAUCACUUAAAAGUGUUGCUGUGUUGCAGGAGGAGCAUCCCGAAAAUAGUCACUACUCCUUCAAGAAAGGUGCAGUGUGGCUGGGCUUGGGUACCGACAAUGUGGUGUCAGUGGAGACAGAUACCUACGGCAGAAUGCUACCCCAGGCACUGAGGAAGGCGGUGAAAGAAGCUAGGGAGAGGGGCGGGGAACCGUUCUUCGUGGGCGCCACUGCAGGAACCACUGUAUUGGGAGCCUUCGACCCACUAGAGGAGAUCGCUGACGUGUGUCAGGAGGAAGGACUGUGGCUCCAUGCUGACGCGUGUUGGGGCGGCAGCGCCAUCCUCUCCAACACACACAAACAUCUCUUGCAAGGAAUACACAGUAUAACUAUGGCAGACUCAGCGCUAGCUUCAGGGACGACUCUGAGACGCUCGGUACUUACUGGGGCAUACUCUCUCUGUAGCACGCCGAGCCCUCAGUUAACUCAACCCACCAAAUCUCCUAAGUCACUGCCCGAUCCUACGGAAAAGGGUGAAUAUCUCGUCUUACUGUAUGGGCUGAUGGAGGAGAUCAUUUACUGGUACAUCGGGUGA